AAUAGUUUCUCUUUGUAAUCGCAGACGAUAACAUCUCUUCCGUUGCGAGUGAAAUCAGAAUUGUCAGUAGUGAACACGCAAAGCAGAAUAUUUGGAGGACCAAAAGUGUAUAAAAGUAAAAAAAAAUUGCGAUUUCAAUACAAAAAAAAUUUGAAGUGAUUAAGAAAAACUAAUUGGCUACUCGCGUCAUGUGGAUCGGAACACCAAUUAUUCUGUUAUUGGCUUUAACGCCACAGGCCAUAAUCAGUGUAAAGCGUCGCGAUCUUGAAACCGUAUUUCAAUGGAAACAGCUCGUCUAUGGUUUUCCUACUGAACAAGAUCGUCAAGAAGCAUUGAAUAAUGGCAACUUGGUGCCAAAUAAUGGUGCACCAAUUGGUGUGGCACCACAUCAUCAUGCACAAAAAGGAACACGCGUAUUCACCACGAUCCCCAGAUUCCAAACAGGCAUUCCAUACACACUGGCGACUGUGAGUGAUACUAAAGAUCCGAAUGGCCCCGUGUUGAAUCCAUAUCCAAAUUAUGGAUGGCAUAAUGCUCAUGGACGUGAUUGUGAUAAAAUUACUUCCGUAUUUCGGGUGGCGUUGACAGAGUGUGAUCAGAUGGUGGUUAUUGAUACGGGCGUUAUCGGCAUGACUCAAUAUUGUCCGCCACAACUACUGAUAUUCGAUUUAAAUACAGAUACAUUAGUUCAUCGCUAUCGUUUCAAAACAAACGUGUACACGCCAAACGCCUCACUGCUCAUCACACCAGUGGUUGUUGUGCAUGAUCCUCCUCCAAAAGGCCGCUGCCAACGCCUACAUGUGUACAUUGCUGAUGUCACAUAUCACGGUCUCGUUAUUUAUGACUCGGAGCAGAAUACCGCCUGGCGUGCCGAGAAUAAAUUCAUGUACCCAGAUCCCGAUUAUGGCACUCAUACCAUUGCUGGUGAAAGCUUCUCGCUGAUGGAUGGCAUGUUUGCUUUGGCCACCGAUCAACGUCAACUCUACUUCCAUCCAUUGGCCAGCAACAAUGAAUACGCAGUGCCAUUGAAUGUGUUGAACAAUCGUACCAAUUGGGCUAACAACUCAGGGGCAAUGGAAGGUGAAUUCCGUUCAUUGGGCCAGCGUAGUAGUGAAUGUGCAGCCGAAACGAUGGAUAGUCAGAAUAAUCUCUAUUGUGUUACAUUCAAUCCAAUUAAGUUGACCAUGUGGAAUCCUACUAGGCCAUUUAAUGUAAAAAAAGAGUUGCAAGUGCCAGCAGAUCCGCGUCUAAUAGAAUUUGUCAGCGACAUGAAGGUGUUCAAAAACGAUGCAGGCAAGGAAGAAUUGUGGAUGAUAUCCAUUCGUUAUCAGAAAAUUGCAUCGGGCACUUUGAGUAGCAGUGAAGUUAACUUUCGAGUUGUAAGGCGGCUGCUUGAUGACAUACAGCAUGUGUCUCAUCAAGAUCUGAGCCAGCGACUUAUAUUCACAUAAAAUGAUUUAUAGCAUGUUGCGCACCAUAUUCAUUACAAAGUUAAAUAAAUUACAAAAAAAAAACUUGUGAUGUCAUAUUAUUAGGAAUUUCAUAUAUAUAAUUUGCCCGAAACAUCAUCUGAAUUAAAAAUAGUACUUAAUAAAUCUUUUGUCAUUCAAUUGAUUAUUUUCAUUUACUUUAAUAAAUUUUUAAUGGCAAUCCCCAUAAAUUCAGUAAAUUCGAAAAGAAACUGAAAAUACUACAUAAUGCAAACAUUUAUUUUAAUGGCCUAUACCCUUGUUAUUACAUCUUAUUGCUUGAACUAGCUUAGAUAAAAUUUGCGAUUCCGCGAACAGCAGCCUUGUAGAGGUUUUUUUUUACUUUUGGUGUAAUUUAUACGUUUUAAUGCAUUUAGAAUUGACCGCAUACAUCUGUCUUUUAUAGGCAAAUUGUCACUGCAACUAUUUCUUGUUUAUGUACUUUAAUUAAUCCAGGUUAAUGCUGGUUCCCAUAUAUUUUGCCUUUAAUUUUUCUAGGAGCAAUAUUAUUUUUAUUUAUUCUUGCUACAUCUCUAGCACCAAACUAACAUUUCUCUUGCAACAUUGCGCCCUUCGAUUUUCCCCUUUUCUUCAGAACUUAACAGCUGUUUUUUGCCACCUUAAAUAAGAGUCAUUGUAUGACUAACAAAUAUUUAUCCCGUAUAACUAAUAUAUUUUUCGCACUGAUCCAUAAAAAUUAACUGCCAUAUCAUUACUUAUUCAUGCGAUCAACCAAAUUUCUGCUUGCUCAUGCAAAGCACGCACAUCAGCUUGCUUUCAGUAUUA